GCUAGCUUGCGGCUCAAGCGAAAUCCACAGUUUACUUCCGGUAUUAAGGGUAAAGGCUCAACGUCAUCGGGUAAAAUGGCAGCCUCGGGAGGCGACGACACAAGUUGGCAUGCCGAACUUGAAGAGGCAUUAGUAGAGAGCUGUGAUUUUGGAACCUUGAGAAACAUCUGCAAAGGACGACAAAUACCCAACAUCUACAGAGCAUCAGCAUGGAAGAUUUGUCUUAAUGUUGCCGGAAAAGCCAAUGCCCUGACGUCAUUCGAUGGCAUAUUUGAUCUUCCUGAGCAAGAUGUCUUGAGGAAAGACUGCAGAGAAUUUAUUGAUAAGCUUGAUAAUUCUGAUGAGGAAAAGCUCUCACUAGUCAGUGACCUUGAGUCUGUCUUGACCUUCUAUUGUAAGUCCAAGAAUCUCAAGUAUGAAGUGGGCAAUGGAUGGUUGGACAUUCUUGGACCGUUGGUGGCGCUACACAUGGACAAGGCUCUUCUAUACAACUGCUUCUAUGCCAUCAUGACUAAAUAUGUUCCAAGGGAAACCAACGAGCUGAGUAGAACGUAUCAUCUCUUUAGAUUACUUGUCAUGUAUCAUGAACCGGAACUGUGCAAUUUCCUAGAAACGAGAAAGAUCUUCCCCGAUUCCUACACUAAAUAUUGGUUCAAUACAGUGUUUGCUGGGAGGUGUGGUCUGGAAAUUAUUCAAUCAAUGUGGAGUCUGUACUUCCUACAAGCUGAUCCAUUCCUACAGUUCUUCUUGGGGCUGGUUAUACUGGUCAAUGCUAAAGAGCAUAUCAUGGGUAUGACUGAGUCUAGCCGAGACGAACUGAUCGAUUGUUUAGCCAUGUUUCCAAGCCAGCUAGAAGAUGAUGAUGUUGAAGAUUUCUUUGGUUUAGCUCAAUACUAUGCAUCAAAAACACCACAGUCAUUUAGAAGAGAGUACCAGUCUUUAUUUGGAGCUAACUUUGCCAGUCCGAAGGAAGCGAGCGAAGGCCCUAGCUCUCUCUGUCUACUUGUCAAUCCAUCAGAACUUCUUCAGGCCGUAACACAAGGACCUGGUGAUGGUAUUAGUUAUUUUGUUGUUGAUUGCCGGCCUGCUGAUCACUAUAACAGAAGUCAUCUAGCGACUGCUUUCCAUCUCGAUGCUAACCUGAUGCUACAGCAGCCAGCUGAGUUUGCCAGUGCAGUGAAGGCCCUACUAGCGGCCCAGCAGCAGUCCAUCACGGCAGGAUCACAAGCGGCCGGUGAACACCUGUGUUUCUUGGGAACGGGAAGGGAGGAGGAGGAUCAGUACCUUCAUAUGAUCAUUGCUAACUUUCUACAGAGGAAAAUCCAAUCAGUUAGUAUGGCUACUGGAGGCUACACAGCGUUACUGAAGCUUGUAGAGAAAGAAUUGACAACAGGAAUGAUAGAUCCAGCCAUACUGAAAUCAGUCAUCAUCUCACAGCCUGAGAGUGCAGGAUCAGAUGAUAGCGGGGCUGACAGUUCAAGUUUGGAGAACAGUUCGAUUGGUGAUUCCCCUCAGAAGCUAACAGAGCGUGGAGCGGCUGUGAUGGGCCGUCUUACAACUAUUUUUAAGAGCAAGUCAGCGUCUGUCAAGGACAAGGUUAUAGAGUUCAUCAAGAAUGAUCCCGCAGGAGAGGAAAAACACGUGAGCAGUCUAGAUACCGGUAAGAGAUACCGAAGCGGUAACGUCCAAUCAGUCUUCAGCAUCGGAGAUGAAGACGACGAUAACGAGAGUAUCGGUGGUGCUGGUUCAUCUGAUGAGGAGAGGAGAGAGUUGGUCAGUACGGACACCUGGCUCAAGAAACCUGAGAUUCUCAAGGCUUUUGAUUGUCAAGAGGUCAAGGACAGCGGACAGACCUAUCCCGGCCAUGUCCUAGUCACUCCCACCCAUCUCUACGUCUUACGAGAGGCUGCUAACAAGAAAGGUUUCUCCUACAUCAUGGCUCGGCGAUCCUUGGCCGACGUCGUCAGAAUCACCUCCAAGAAACGCUGUUCAGAGUUCAUCACAUUCCGUUACGGCCGCGUCAACAGUGCCGGCGAGACCCUCGUCUAUGGCAUCGAUAGGAUUUAUAUCCCAGAUGCGUCUGAAGCGACGAAGAUGAUCAAGCAGUUGAUCGUCAAGUGUAUUGACGAGAAGGACCCACCCCCUCAGGACCCUGCCAAGGAUGCCACUAAGAACAUAGACAACUCGGACAAAGAUACCACGAAAGCCAAAGGCGAUGCAGAGAGUAAAACUAUGACAAAUGCUGAGGAUACGACGAUAGAUACUCAAACUGAAAAUAAAGAGGAGAGUGUGAAGGAAGAUGGACUUGAUGAAAAGAAGGAGGUUGGAGAUGGAGAGGAUGGAAAGAACGUAGAAGAGAGAACAGAUGAUGCCGCAAAGGUGGAAAGCUAGUAUUGACUUCGAGAGACUCUAUGAA